UACAAGGAUACUGAAGCCACUGGUGAGCUGUGCCAAGAAGGGAAGUGGGGAAGCCUUCCAAGAUGGCGAGGACAGAAGAGAAGGGCUGUGAACGUGUUCACUGAGGUGACCCUGGAGUAACUGUGGCCUUUCUGACCUCCUCUCUCUCAUCUCUGCCCCAAACGUCCUCACUGAAGCUGUAGUCACAAGUCUCAGACUUGCCUCUGCUGGCGUUUGACAACAGUAGCUGGUGGGCAGGAAGUUUUAAGAGCAAGGACCUGUGAAAAGAAGCUGAGCAAAGAUCUUGAAAAGAAACUGCUACUUCUUCAAGUUUUCUUCUUGUUUCAGGAGGAACAGAAAAGUGAAGGAGACCAAGCAGUGAAUGAGAAGCAUCUGAGACGUGUGCUUGGGUCUGUGGUGCUGGGAAACAGGUUGGAGCAUUGCUAUGGCACCUGAACUAAAAAUGUUGACUCCCAUUUGUCUGGUGGAAAACAUCAAUGAAGACAUGACUGUGAACAAGGAAGCCAUAGAGAUUCUUGAGAAGAUUUCUCAGCCGGUGGUAGUGGUGGCCAUUGUGGGGCUGUACCGUACAGGGAAAUCCUACUUGAUGAACCGCCUGGCUGGACAGAACCAUGGCUUCCCGCUGGGCUCCACUGUUCAAUCUAAAACAAAGGGCAUCUGGAUGUGGUGUAGGCCCCACCCCAUCAGGCAAGACUACACCCUGGUCCUUCUGGACACUGAGGGUCUGGGCGAUAUGGAAAAGGGUGACCCUAGGAAUGACUCCUGGAUCUUCGCCCUGGCCUUGCUUCUGAGCAGCACCUUUGUGUACAACAGCGUGGGCACCAUCAACCAUCAGGCCCUGGAGCAGCUGCAUUAUGUGACAGAGCUCACAGAACUAAUCAAGGCAAAGUCUUCCACAAAUUCUGAUGGAGUACAAGAUUCUUCAGAGUUUGUGAGUUUUUUUCCAGACUUCAUCUGGGCUGUACGGGAUUUCACUCUCCAGCUGAAGAUGGGUGAUAAUGACAUCACAGCAGAUCAAUAUCUGGACAAUGCCUUAAAGCUGAUUCCAGGUGAGAAUCCCAAAGUACAAGCAUCUAAUUGUGCUAGGGAGAGCAUUCGGAAUUUCUUUCCAAGUCGGACGUGCUUUGUCUUUGACCGGCCAACAAAUGACAAAAAUCUCCUCGCCAAUAUUGAGAAUGCCCGAGAAGACCAACUGGAUCCUAAAUUCCUGGAACAAACAAGGAGUUUCUGCUCUUAUGUCUUCACCUGUGAAAAGAGCAAGACUCUCAGAGAGGGAAUUGUGGUUACUGGGAAUCGGCUGGGGGCUCUGGUGGAGACCUAUGUGAACGCCAUCAACAGUGGGGAAGAGCCUUGCUUGGAGAAUGCGGUGUCCACUCUGGCCCAGCGUGAGAACACAGCAGCCGUGCAGAAGGCAGCUGACUACUAUGGCGAGCAGAUGGUCCAGCGAGUGCGGUUCCCCGCAGAUACGCUGGAGGAGCUGCUUAACGAGCACUCGGCCUGUGAGAAGGAGGCCAUUGCGGUCUUUAUGGAACGCUCCUUCAAGGACGAAGAUGGAAAAUUCCAGACGCAGCUGGUGGCAGAAGAGGUGCUCCAAAGGUUCCUGCAGUCACAGGCAGCAAUAGAAGAAUCCAUUCUGCAGUCAGAUAAAGCUCUCACUGACAGGGAUAAGGCCCUGGCAGUGGAGAAGGCCCAGAAGGAAGCAGCUGAGAAGGACAGGGAAAUUUCAAUAGCAAAAUUACAGGAGGAACAGCAAAUAAAAGAAGCUCUAGAGAGGACCCACAAGGAAAACAUGGAGCAACUGGAAAAGAAGCUACUGUUGGAGAGGGAAAACCUCCUCAGAGAUCAGAAAAUGAUGUUGGAGCAACAUAUGAAGAUCCAAAUGGAUUUGCUUAAAGAAGGAUUCAAGAAUAAAUCUGAGGCAAUGAAUGAAGAGUUAAAGCAUUUGCAGAAAAGAGUCAAAACUACAGAAAGUGAUAAUGAUCCAUUUAUUACACGAGCCUUGAGUAGCGUAGGUGAUGGCAUAACUGCAGUGCUGACUGCUCCUGGUAAACUUCUUGGUAAUGCUUUAAAAUCCAUUGGCUCACUUUUUAAGUAAACUUUGCUUUUCUUUUAAAAUUCUAGAUUAUAGAUUAUGGAUGUAUGUGUUGGCCUAUUCUGGGGCAUAUGUUUUUCAUUUUCAUUCAGGAAAAUUUUAAAUAUAUAAGUUGCUUAUUGAAGUGUAUCUGCAUCUGGACCAUGUUAGAACAAAUCCCUGUACCUGUUGACAGGUAGUAUUUGCUUUUAGGCAGCAUAUGCUUUAUAUAUAUAUAUAUAUAUAUAUAUAUAAAGUCCAUUGAGAUAUUGCUUUCAAUUGCAAAUUGGAAAUUACUUCAAUGUCAUCUGCAUAAAUUCAUAACACACAUUUUAUUAUUUACUGAUAUUAGAAUAUAGGAAAUGAAAUGAGAGUGGAUUUCUAUUUCACUAAGUAUAGAAUCAUCUUGAGGAGGGGCUGGGGAUUUAGCUCAGUGGCAAAGCGCCUGCCUGGCAAGCGCAAGGUCGUGAGUUCGGUU